ACAAAACAAAUUGUCUAGCUGCUUCACUAAAGCUCACUGGAACUUCUUAAAGCGCAUCGUAGGAUAUACACCUUUCUGUUGUUGCGGAAAUAUGAUUAACUAUUGCACAGGAACAACACACAACCCAGAACGGCAGCAGAGUCGGUGAAGGCAAUGAAGGAGUCAGUCACACCGUGCAUUUCCCGUUGUUUAAAGGGAGUGGUGCAAAAGAAAGUAAACACAAAGUGGAAGUCAGCACAUUUCCAGUCCUUGCUGGGUCGGGUGCGAUCGCCGUAAAACUGACGCUCGUUUUAUCGCGUUACACUAAUGUCCUCACUUGUCAUAAUCGCUGAUAACCGCAUAUACUGUAUUGAUCUGAAAUGGUGACUGUGUGAAAUAUGAGCGAAGCAUACUUAGGAGCAAAUUAAGAGACAAAAGAGCAUUUCACAUGCGUCUGUUACCGAUCGCCGCACUCGGUUACCCUUCACGGAAAACGGAUUGACGGAAAAGACGAGUGGGGGGGGGGGGGAGCUGUACAGCACGGAUCGACUCAUGACUAGGAAAAUAAAAUGUCUUAUUUCGAAUCCGGUCUUAACGUGUUUCUAAUUAAAGACAUGCCGGGAUAAUCCACAUGGGACGGGUCCCCGAGUCUACAGCACAGGAUAAAAAGUGAGAGUCCCCCGCAGAGGGACUGACACUGGCACGGACAGGAGUUUGUGAGCGCAGCGCUUCUCACCCUCCAGCAAGAGAAGAUGAACAAAUCAAAUAUAUAAAGCCAAGAAACCUCUUUGGGCAAUGGUGCAGUGAUUGCUCUUGGAAAUUAAUGUGGAUAAAACAGCGCCAGUUGAAAUUUACCACCGUGUAGAACUACCGGGCGCUUUGGGACUUCAGUUGCGAGACCGUAUACACCUGCGGCAAGAAACACUACGCUACAGAAGCGAGCUCCAAGAUCUCUUCAGCAGCGAUGACCGGGCUGCGCAAGCACAGUGUGGUGGGACUCGUCAUCUUGCUGUGCACGGCGGGGUCCUGCAAGUACAGAGCCGUCACUAAAAACCACAGGGACGAGAAAAGUGUUCUGGAGCAGAUGAUGGACAUUAUGAAACGGAUAAAGGAGCAGCAGCAGGAGGACAGCGGGGAAAUCACCGUGAGCAUUGCGCUGAAGAAGCAGAAUCACUCGUCCGAUCCCAUGGAACUGCAAGAAUAUAAAUCUCAUAAAGACGGUCAUAUUCUUGAGAUAUUCCCAAGAGAUCUAAGAAAGAAGGAUAAGUUUAUAAAACAUUUAACAGGGCCUCUGUACAUUAGUCCGAAGUGCAGGAAGCAUGUUUACAGACUAUACCACAACACCAGAGAUUGCACGGUUCCAGCAUACUACAAAAGAUGUGCCCGACUGCUCACAAGGUUAGCCGGGAGUGCGCGAUGCACGUAGAGUUAUCAGAUUUAAACAACACCAGACAUGUGUUGUCAAGUUCCAGGAAGGACAGAAGUGCCUUGGAGUGUAAGAGAGAAGAGAGCCGAGGCGCAAUCGAUGAAUAUCCCUUCAGUGACUGUGGGAACAGAGAUUUAUUCUUGUCCUUGUAAGUUUUGGCACUGUUGAUGGCAGCGCAUUCAAACAGUAUGAAUCGAGGAUAUAGCCUAAUAAAGUGUGCUCCUGUCCUGCUGCCUAAAGCCACUUCCACCAAAAAGACAACUUUGUUGUUGUUGUUGAAGAAGAAACGACACACGUCGCGUGUCUCAGAUCUUGCCUUCCUGGCUGUAUUUUUCUAACAGGUUUUUUUCGCGCCCUAACUGGCAACUACCUGACAAGAAGAUUGUCUUUGCUCAGUAGAACCAGGAGUUAAAGUCUGAUCUCACCGACAGUGGAGAUUAAAUUAACUAAUUAUUCACUGUGUGAUGAGGCACUUUUCGGCUUGGACGAGGGGUCGAUCAACUAGCUGGAUAGUUUACAUUCUGCAAAAGAAAAAAAAGCAAACUAUUUCUUUUACAUUUGGUUGAGAGCCAUAUAUUUAUAUAUGGCGGCCUCUCUCUUUGUACUUUAAAUGUGUAACAUUCUAGCUAUUGUGCAAUAUGUACAUAAUGUAAAAAAAUAUAAAAAAAUGAGUGUUUGGUAUAUAAUGCGAAAAGGAUGUUGGAAUAUUUAAAAUGAAAUAUUUAAAUAAAUGACAGGAUUGCUA